AUGACGUCUCCCGAGGAGCAGCGGCUGUCUCCUCGAGUUGCGAUCAAGAAAUGGCUACAGAAUUCUAGUUCCAAGCCCAAACAGGUAAGAAGCAAUGCGGGCGUCUUGAAUGAGCCCUUUUAUGGGCCCAAAAGCCAUGCCAAAAAUCAUGGUGACCGACAUAAUCCUCACACUGAUAGCAUCACAAAGAAGAAAAGUUAUGAAAAAUUACAGCGUACGAGCCGAGACAAAGCUCCAAAGGAAUUGAGUCGUUCCAAACCUAGCGACAAGUACUGCAGAGUCAAUGAGAACACAUCUCCAGAUCUGGAUGCAUUGCUAGGCCAUUUUCGCCACAUGCAGCAUCGUGGUGAAUCUCCGCUGGAUUUAAAUGAUAUCGGUCGUCAAAGGAAAAGGCGGCGAAAAGUCACACCAUCUGAAGAUAGCACUUUGGAAGAUGCUGGUUUCCCUGUCGAUGUAGUAAAUCGUCAGGACAGACCUGCAAGACUUAAAUCUCAGAAAUUGGUCCAACUCGAGCAGGCGGCAAACUACGUAUGGGAUGGGAAAUCCGAUUCAACUUCCACUGCUCACAGAGCUGAGAUCGAGGAAUCAGCUCAGACCUCUUCUUUCUCUCGGCGACCCAGGCACAAGACCCAUCCAGACAAGUAUGCUGUGAAAACAGAGAAAAGUUCAAGGAAGGAGAAGGCAAAACGAAAGAAGCCUGUCGCUAAAAUGCCUGAUCUUGCGUUCCCAAAGCUUGAUUUCCUAAAUACACGAAAGAGGACGGCGAAAGAGGCUGACUAUUCGCGGCGAGAAGGAAGAGAAAAGUACCUGCCAAAGGAUCGAAAGCGAGCCGAUGGUGAUGCAGAGAUUUCAAGCUAUUUUACUUCGAGACAGGAUACAAUAAAGGGCAAGAGCAGGCCCGACUUGGGAAAUAUCAUUGAGAGAGGCUCUAGUUCCAAUCAGAAGCGACGUGACCCGCCUCUCGCUCUUGUUGAACUUCCGUCAAACCCAUUUCUAGGGUUCGGGAGCUGUGGCCCAAGUUCAACGUCUCCAGUAAAAGAAGGGACAGAGCCUAAAAAGCCAAACGGUCUGCAGAUCCAAAAAGAGAUCAGAUCUCCAAGUCGCUCAACCUCAUAUUUCAGUUGGUCACGAAGUAAUGCAAGUAGGGCCGAGCAAAGAUUUGAAGACGACUUGCCAGACAGCAUCAAGUUUCACGGGAUGGACGAUUACCAACCGGAGCUGCGAACACCUACCGGAGACCAAGAUCACCCUGAUCACAGAGACGCUAGGUCACAAAUCUUCGAUGACUUAGAAGUUGAAAGGAGGGUUGCUACAAAGAACUUAAGUGGGCACACUAAGCAGCAAGGGGAAACCGCGUCAAGUCUUUCAACUAACGAUAAAGUCGCUAAGCUAAAUCCUUUUGGCAAGGAAGGCCAGAAGGGUGUUUCCACGAUGAAUGAAAAUCGAAACCUCCAAGCUCAAGACAGUGUUCUGAAAGCCAUCCACAAUCAAGGGCGAACCUCAAAUGACUACCAACCAACUGUCCAUGGAGCUGACGACGAGACAACUAAAUUGUCUGCCCUCAUUCAGCGGAAUAAUGCGGACGAUGGCCCUGAGCGUACAGCCAGCCCUGCAGAUGUUCGAGCCAGUACACAUUCGUCCUUCCGACUCAAUGACCAUCCAGAUCAGAGCCUUGAUGACUUGCUCAAUGCUUGCAAAAGUUCUCAUACCGAAGUCGCUAAGAAUAUCAGUGCUUCCCAGCUCAAUUCACGCGGCUUCGAGAACAAGAAUGAUGUGUGGAGCGAACGGGCUCCUACAGAUAGCGUCCGCAGUCAGGGGCAACUGAGCGCGGGUGUGCAAGAACGUUCUAAAUUUGAUCUUCACGAAGAAGAUGCUCGAGAGCCUCUAGAGCAGCAACAUGCUGACAUCGCUGAUACUACCAAAGAGCCACAGUCUAAGACUCUAUCAGUGGAUAUACCUCUUGAUUUUGAGGAUGCACAAAGCCAGAGCGUCAACACGGCUCGUACGUUGAAGGUCUCACUCGAGUCUGACCAGCAUCAUGCACCAUCGAGUCGGCCGGCAUGCUUUCAAAAUGCAUGGAAUGGAUACGGCGAGCUUUAUAGACGUCAACUCAAGGAAGAAUCGCAGGAGACGACUCUGAUCGAAGGAACUUACGAUAGAGGAGUUUCCCGAGCCUUUACAGACAUCUGGAAGUCUCCAAAGCCAAAGCUGUUUAGCAGAGAGCGACCAAGCCUCAACUCAACACUGGAUUUGCGGCGAGAACGCUGCCUUACCAGAGAUACGCCACCUAUACUUACCGGAAAUGAUGACGACUUUGAUUUGAUGCCUCACCAACAGCCUCAAGUCUGGGGUCGACUGUCUUCCGGCAAUCCCAACAUGGCCGGAUCUGACAUCUUCCAGGUAAGAUACGACAGCCCAGACUUGAUCAACGAAGGCCUCUUAGAAGAUAUUCAACCUAUUCGAACACCCUGUGAGCCUCAGUCAGGCAGAGAAUGUAUCGAUCGGAGCGAGAAAAGUAUUCCGGUCUUGACAGCUUUCAACCUGGCACACAAAUGGCCCCAACACACAUCAUCUCCGUAUGUGGCUCGUCCAGGACUGCAACGACGUUGGAUGCAAGACUCCGACGUUUUCGACGCAGGCAUGCAGGGCUUUUGGACUCCAAACAAAUUAUAUUAA